AUGGACCCUCUGGAAGCUUUGGUCGCCCAAAUCCAAGGGCUAUCGAGCACUUCCAGCGACGUCAAUCGUCUCCACAGUAUUCUGAAACAAGCCGAUGACUCGCUCCGGUCCGAGUCAACCCGCCUCUUCCCGCUUCUCACUCAACUCGACCCCUCCAUUCACUCCCUUGGUUUUCUCUACAUCCUAGAAGCCUCCAUGAUUGGUCCGGUUACCAAAACACAGGCUGAGACAGCUGUUCCAACCGUUGCCUCGUUCAUUGGCGCUUGUAGCAAAGAGCAGAUUCGUCUGGCGCCUGAUAAAUUUUUAUCCGUGUGUAAGAGGUUGAAGGAUCAAGUGAUAUUGUUGGAAGCUCCGAUACGAGGUGUGGCUCCUUUGUUCACUGCACUUCGGAAACUUCAGGUCUCUUCAGAACACUUAACUCCCCUACAUUCAGAGUUUCUUCUGCUUUGCUUGUUGUCAAAGUGCUACAAAACUGGUUUAUCUGUAUUGGAUGAUGAUGUUUUCGAAGUUGACCAUCCGCGUGACCUUUUUCUCUACUGUUAUUAUGGAGGUAUGAUAUGCAUUGGACAUAAGCGCUUUCAGAAAGCACUGGACCUUCUGCAUAAUGUUGUAACUGCUCCCAUGCCUACCAUAAAUGCUAUAGCUGUUGAAGCUUACAAAAAGUAUAUAUUGGUUUCUCUCAUUCGAAAUGGACAGUUCUCUAUCAGUCUUCCUAAGUAUUCUUCUUCUGCUGCUCAAAGGAACCUAAAGAACUUCUGUCUGCCGUAUGUUGAAUUGGCAAAUAGUUACAGCACUGGAAAAGUUGCAGAAUUAGAGGCAUACGUCAAGACAAAUGCAGAGAAGUUUGAGUCUGACAACAACCUUGGACUGGUUAAGCAGGUUGUAUCAUCCAUGUAUAAGCGAAAUAUUCAAAGAUUGACCCAGACAUACUUGACCCUUUCUCUCCAAGAUAUAGCUAGCACAGUACAGUUAAAUAGCCCCAAAGAAGCUGAAAUGCAUGUUCUACAAAUGAUUCAGGAUGGUGAGAUAUAUGCUACUAUCAACCAGAAGGACGGAAUGGUGAGAUUCUUGGAGGAUCCUGAACAGUAUAAAACGUGUGAGAUGAUUGAGCAUAUUGACUCAUCAAUCCAGAGAAUAAUGGCACUAUCAAGGAAGCUAACGGCCAUGGAUGAACAAAUUUCAUGUGAUCAGUUGUAUUUGUCUAAGGCUGGAAGAGAGAGACAAAGAUAUGACUUUGAUGACUUUGAUGUUCCACAAAAGUUCAACAUUUAA